AAGUUUUCGAUUUGUGCACCGUCAACCAUUCUCUUUCGUAUGCGUACGUCUUCCGAUUUUGCCGUUUGGUUAAUCACUGCCGUACGGACAUCCACCUUUUAACAUCCAGAUACCUCAACUUAAUAAUUUUUCUUUCGUAUUAUCCGCAAUUUGUAAGCAAUGGCCGCUGGAAAGAAACAGAAAAAGGCUUUAGAAAGUAUCAACACCAAGUUGGCUCUUGUCAUGAAGUCUGGAAAAUGUGUUCUUGGCUUGAAGCAGUCUUUGAAAACUUUAAGACAAGGAAAAUCUAAGCUGGUCAUCAUUGCCAACAAUACAUCUCCAUUAAGAGUAUCUGAGAUUGAAUACUACGCAAUGUUAUCCAAGACUGACGUUUUCCAAUAUUCUGGUAACAACAUUGAAUUAGGUACAGCCUGUGGUAAAUAUUUCAGGGUUGCGACUUUGUCUAUCACCGACCCAGGUGAUUCAGAUAUUAUCAAAACCAUACCUACUGACCAAUCAAACCAAUAAUGAUUGUGUAUUUUGAUUUUUAAUAAAUAUUUUCUCAUGACGUGAAUA